GACUGAAGCAUCCCAUCCGAGUAUCCUCAGUCUUCGCGGAUGAGUUAAUUGGGAGGUCGGGAACGACGAAAACCGAUCGGCCGAUUCCGUACGAGCGUGUAGGCCGGAAAGGAGAGCCGUGCGAUCGAUUCAACCGAACGGGACAAGUGGCGCGAGAAGGGUGUUCAUCUUACAACUCCACCUCGUUCGGUCGAGUUCCUCUCGUUUCGAUCGAAGUUUUUCAGCGUUGACCGGGAAAUCGGGAAACGCGCCCAAAAUGCACGCCAUCGAGGCGAAAUUGAUCUUUAUCGAGCCUUGAAGCGAAUUACGGCGGAUUCCCGUCCGUAGAGGAGAGAUCGAGAGGAAGGAACGGAGAGAGAGAGAGAGAGAGGGAGAGAGAGAUUGAGUGAGAGAGAGAGAGAGAGAGAGAAAAAAAAAGAACGAAAGUAAAAACCGAUGCGUCGCUCGAUGGAAAAACAGUGCAAAUUCCACGAUCGAUCAACUUUUUUCACAGUGGAUUCGUGAGAAUAGAAAGUCGGCGUGGAAAGGGUCGUGCGAGAACGCGUCCGGCACCGGUGCGAAAAGAAGUGAAAGAAGUAAAUAGAUGACCGAGAUCGGUCGCGAAGAUGCGUUCCGUCCAUCAGAUAGUUUUGCUUUUCCUUGCUGCGCUAAGCGGCGGGUUCACGUCGACGGGAAAUCGGGUCGAGGCGAUCUGGCCGAAAAUGGAAAAUCCGUUCAGCACCGUCUGGCGAAGUUUCUCCUCGCUGUCGACGACUUCCGACUCCUCCGGAUCGGAGCGUAGCAGCUCCUCGUUCGAGGAAGAGGAUUGCGCAGAAUGCGCCCACAACAAGAUUAGUUCGCUCGCGAGCGAUCCAAUUUUGACCGAGUUCAGGGUCGAGUACGUCAAGCAGCAAAUUCUCAAGAAACUGCGACUUUCCAAGCCACCGGAGAUAUCGAUGCCGCUCUCGACCUUGCCAAAGCCUCUGAUAAACGGUCGUGUGCUCGAACUUCGACCUGGGGCGCCCCUCGAGCCGGAAAAAUCGGUCGAUAGUUUCUACGGAAAAACCGAUCAAAUCGUCGUGUUCCCAAACGAAGGUGUAGCCGACUCGAAAAAAUGUCGACAGAGUUCGAACCAUUUGACCGGGUUCAAUCCCGCGGCCUGCUUCACGUUUUAUCUGCCGAACGAGUUGCAAUUUGUGGACGUGACCUCCGCGCAGUUAUGGUUUUACAAAGAGUACGACGAGAACGACGAUCUGAAUCAGACAUUUGUGCUCUCGGAACUCGAUCAUUGGGACCUGGACGGAAAUUUUGAGAAGAAUACCAUGGUUGCGAUCUUUGAGACGGAUAUCGGAGAGGGAUGGGUUAAAGCGGACGUGAGCUUCACGCUGAACAAAUGGGUAGAGGAGCUCCGACUGAACCACGCGAUACAAAUAGCUUGCAGCACCUGUUCGAUCGACCGCGACACCGCGCCGGUGUCCAUCGAGAUGACAUUGAAACCGUUCCUCGUGAUCCACACGUCGCCGUUGCCGCAGAAGAACCGUCCGAAGAGGAAUUCGAAUUGUCUACCGGAGAUGAAGGAAUGCUGCAGGGACGAAUUGUACAUAAAUUUCGAAGACAUCGGUUGGAGCGACUGGAUCCUACACCCGAGCGGGUAUCACGCCUAUUUUUGUCGCGGUUCUUGUUCAUCCGCGGCUUCGUUGACCGCCAGCGGUUCCGCGUACAACAACGUGAUCAGGAGGUUGUUGGCCAGAAGGGGCAACACGAUGCACCGUAAAAGCGAGAUCGUGCCGUGUUGCUCGCCGACGCAACUGUCGGCCAUACAGCUGCUGUACGUCGACUCGAACAACACGAUCACGCAGAAAACGUUGCCGAACAUGGUGGUCGAAGCUUGCGGCUGUAUGUGAGGCGACCCCCGCCCCGGCGUAUGUCGAUCGAGGCAGAUACGAGAACGAAAGAUAAACAAAAAGGCCGACCUUCAAAACUUCCGAUUCGCCACCGAGCACACGACACGAUUCCGUUGGUAUAUCGUGUUUCAGUCGCCCAAACGCUUGAACCGUGUACAUUGAGAUUCGCCUGGAUCGUACAUCAACAAAUUUCUCUUUUGCAUCGAAAGCGGUGACACGAGUUAACGUCGAGGUUCGACGUUACGCGUGACACCGAUCGAAAGGAAGACGCAUCCCAACGUUUGCGCAAGCGUGUUUACCCGUGUAAACGAGCGAAACAGUAUUUCCUUUUUUUCUGUGUUUACUGCUUGCCCCCGCUCUCUACUAUUUUGCUACACUUUGUCGCUUUGUCUAUUGAUACGUCAUUGUUCGGCCCUUUAAUUUCGAGCCCCUGAACCGGCUCUGAACUGUGCUGUGAACCCACAACCGUUUCUCAUAUAGAAAUCAUCGACCGUUUUCUCUGAUUUGCACGGAUCCGUCUAGAGUAGAUUUUUAGCUUAUUCGGACUAUCUAAACGUUUUUAUCUGCAAUUUAGACAAAUUACGAUUCCCCCUGUCGAAAGUUUACGUUACGCCUUUGUAAACGCGAAUGGAAGGCGGUUCGAUGGAACGUCAACGAUACCAUCUCGAGCAGCCUAUUUUCCAGACUCCGAACUAGCGAGGAAUUAGCACUGUGUGCAGAGGGACGUGUGGAUGUGCAUGUGCAUCAAACAAGUUAACAGACCCCGGUAAUGAUACUGCAUACGGCUAUGUAGGAUCGAUUCUUAUCUCGUCGCCCACGUGGAUGAUCUGUACAAAACGAAAGAAACUAGAACAAGUUAAUCGAAACCGUACGACGUGCAGAGAACAGCAGCAGGCGAGCAAUAGCGGUAAACGAGAAUUAAAAAAAAAAGAACAGAAACAAAAAGAAGAAGAAGAAAAAGUAGAAGAAUGGAUGCGCAAAAUUCACCGAUUACGUUAGCUAAUCAUGUGCAAUGUACUUAUUGAUAUUGUAUAUACACACACAUUACUGACAACGUG